AGACAUGCAUGAAAAUAUAACCCUCCCUAUAUAUUCGAUAUUUCAAUUGACACUCGGAAGGAAACGGGAGCAUAAUGUUGAACAAAACAAUAACAAGCAGAAAGAAAAACAGCGUAUUACAAAAGAGAAAACACCGAAGACAACCAUCACUGCCGCUAAUAACAUCACUAACAUCACGACAAUAACAACAAAUCCGAGCCCUCAGAUCAACAAUAACAUUGUUGGAAAAAGUGAAGUGAUCAUUAAUGAAGCUUAUGUGGCUGACAGUGAGGGUCGCAUUACUUUCCUGAGAAGGUGA